AUGUUUAUCAUCAUCAAACAUGCAGAUAAUCAAGAGUUCCUUGUCAAUACCAAUUGCACUAUCCAGAUACUGCUACAUUAUAUUCGCACAAAAACAAGGUUGCGUAAAACAGACAUCAUCCAUCUGUGUGAUGAAUCAGGGACUCUGAAGUUGUUUUUCCUGUUGAAGACCCUUGGAGAUUAUGCCUGCAAAUUCCUUACAGCUGGAAUCACCUACUAUGUUUGUAAAGUGGAGCGUGGGGCACCAGGAAAAGAAAUCAAACUUGAGCAUCCCUACAAAGCUAUUGUGCCCCUCCUGAAGAAUGCAACAUUUGAGCUACUUGACUCCCUGUGUACACAAUGUGAGUUCCUGGAGAGGAGCCGAAUAAAGCUGCUUAGAGCCUUAGAAGCUAAGAGAUUAGCUGUGCUAGAAGCAUCUAAAUCAUCUAUGAGACUCCAAGAAGAAGAGCCAAAAGCCAGACCAAGCAAGCCAAGCUGGGCAAGCUGUCUUCAAAAAGUAAACAGAAGUCCAAAAGUGGAAGGUCAGAAGAUAACAGGGGCCACAGAGGAUACUAUAAGUCAAGAACUUAUAAGUAGUCCAGUGAGAGCAGCAACUGUGGGUAUGAAAUUACUGGAAUUCAACGUGAAGCUCUUUCUUCAGAAAGAUUCUUUUGGCCAGUACAUGGACAAAAGGGCUUAA